AUGCAAUUAUUCAAAAUCUUAUUUAUUCAGUUUAUUACUUUAACAUUUACAACUGCUUUAUCUAUUCCAAAUUUUGGCGGUGAAGCCAAAGUAUAUGCUAUAUUUCAAAAUUUAGGAGGAUCAGAAAAACCAGGUGAUGAUAAUACUCAUACUUUUAAUGGAGGUGUUCCACCAGCUAUGAGAACUACUGAUCAUUUCCAAAGUUCAACUGCUUUUAAUACUUCUUCUUCUACUCAUAGAAGUACACAAUCUUCAAAGAGUCAUAGGUCUGGUGCUGAUAGAAGUCAAGCAAGUACUUGGAUAAGUAUUUGUAUGUUAGGAAUUUUAGCUUUAGUUUAG